GUUUGACGAUCAGAAUAGUAACUUCGACUAAUCAUCUUCAAUGGCAGUUUUGGUGAAAACCCUUUGCUGUGGCCUCAGCCUUCGUAAAGGUGUUAUGAUUCACGCAAUCUUUGGCCUGAUUCCAUCAGCUUUUUCAAUUUAUCAUCAAAUUUAUCUCAUCAAAGUUUGCAAGCAACUAGAGGAGAACGCCGACGAGCUCAGCCAAAAUUUGCAUUUUAGCAUAAAGCAUAUCUUAGCGAUCGUCAGGUUGGCUUAUGUUUUCUUCAUAUUUGAAGUCAUCUCACUGUUGGUGACCCUGUUGCUUCUGGGAUCCUGUUGCUCAGGUGACAAGUGUUUGGCAUUUCCUUGGCUUGGGUGGAGCAUCUUCAAGCUCUUUUUCACUUUUGGAGUGAUGAUGUUUUAUAUUGCUGUCUGGAAUAGGUUUCCCGUCUUUGUAAUUGCUUACAUCAGUGGAUGUUUGCUGUGGAUCUACUUCAUCAUGGUGGUGUAUUCGUACAUCAACGCCCUUCGUGAAGAUCCUUCGGGAACGAGUGCGGGAUUUUCUCCCUCUCUACCAGGCGGCUGGAAUGGAAUCCCUUCUGUAGACAGUGCUGUCAGUAUUGAUCCCCUUAUUGAUCCUUGCUCAGUACCCCAGAAAGAAUAUGUGUUCCCUUAGAAAAAAAAAAACCUCUGCCCACCCCAUCCCUCUAAGGAUAAACAUUGACUGAUCCCUAUCGGUCAUAGGGAAAGUUUAUAUCUGUAGGAGUUAGCAUUAAAAUGUAAGUUGAAACAAAUUUUGUAACCAAUAUAUAACGUCAUACGAAUUUUAGCUUUAUCGGGGGAAAAUUCAGCCUUUAAAAAGUAGUAA